CCCUCCCCCGUCUCUCGAAGACUUUCCACCCAACUGAUCACACCAACAGCAACAGCUAGGCACAGCCCACGAACAAACUGCCGUUGAGAAGACGAACCAUUUCUUCCUCCUCGGAGACACGAGGAGAACCUCGGCGACUCCUCUCCCUCCCACCCUUAGUCCCGAACUCCCGAUCGGAGAUUCUCGGCGGAGGCGCUGCAUCUCCCUGGGCGCAGGAUCUCGGGGCCCGGCGGAGAAGGUGGACCGGCAUCACGCCCACUGAUCGAGCAAGAGCCGAGAGGGACAGGGACAGGGAGGAAGCGGCUCAGAAGACGAAGAGGAGAUGUCGUCCGACGGCGGGGGCUCCCAGAUGGGCGUCGCCGGCGCGCUGGGCCUCUCGGUCACGUCGUCAGUAGCCAUUGUUAUUUGCAACAAGUACCUCAUGAGCACCCUCAAGUUCUACUUCGCGACGACACUGACGAGCUGGCACUUGCUGGUGACCUUCUGCACGCUUCACAUAGCGCAGCGCCUGCGCUUCUUCGAGCCAAAGCCAAUCGACGCGCAGACUGUCAUCUCCUUUGGGUUUCUCAAUGGAAUCUCCAUUGGCCUCCUCAACCUUUGCCUUGGCUUCAACUCAGUGGGCUUCUACCAGAUGACCAAGCUGGCUAUUAUACCGUUCACCAUGCUCUUGGAGACCAUCUUUCUGAGCAAGAAGUUCAGCCAGAGCAUCAAGGCCUCUCUCAUGGUCCUCCUCCUGGGAGUUGGCAUCGCAUCGGUCACCGAUCUCCAGCUCAAUCUCCUCGGCUCCAUCAUCGCAGUGCUCACCAUCGCUGCGACCUGUGUCUGCCAGAUCCUGACCAACCAAAUCCAGAGGAGGCUCAAGGUGUCUUCCACUCAGCUACUGUACCAGUCCUCCCUGUACCAAUCCGCGGUGCUGCUCAUCACCGGCCCCUUCGUCGACAAGCUCCUGACAAAGAAGGACGUCUUCGCGUUCGAGUACACAUUCGAAGUCGUGGUGUUCAUCCUGAUGUCGUGCGGGAUCGCGGUGUCCGUCAACUUCAGCACCUUCCUGGUGAUCGGCACGACGUCGCCAGUGACGUACCAGGUGUUGGGCCACCUCAAGACGUGCCUCAUCCUCUCCUUCGGCUACGUCCUCCUCAAAGACCCCUUCACGCUCCGCAACCUCGCCGGCAUCCUCAUCGCCAUCUUCGGCAUGGGCCUCUACUCCUUCUUCUCCGUCUCCGAGAGCAGGAAGAAGACCGAGGGCGCAACGUUGCCCGUCAACACCCAGAUGAGCGAGAAGGAUUCGGCACCGCUCCUUGGCACAAAAACCUCGCCGUGGCAGGAGAGCAACGGCGUGGAGAACUUUGACGACGUGCCACGGACCGCGAAGAGCGCGUUUAGCCGGCAGCUGAACCCGUAGCUUAGGAUGGAUAUGCUUUGGUAAGUUGGUAUAGCAGCAUCGGCAUCUAUUCUUUCUCCUUUGGGGUUUCUCCUACAAUGAUGAGAAUUGCUCGAUGAUGAAAGUAAUGGUGGUAUUGUAAGGUGGUUCUAGGACCUAAAAAGUUCUGGAAGUAAUGUAGGACCGCAAGUGCCAACUUCUCCUACAAUGGUUGUAUGGCAGGGAUAUCGCAGAAAUUGCACCAGAAAUUUUCCGGAA